AUGUACACGUUGCGCACUCAAAUUGUCACAACAAAUCCUGGUCACCAACAGUCCAGGAUUCGGGCCUCGUGGCGCAACGGUAGCGCGUUCGACUCCAGAUCGAAAGGUUAUCCGUUCAAAUCGGGUCGGGGUCACUUCUUUUGCCUUUUGAAGAGGUUGUAG